AUGAAUGUUGGCACUAUCGGCCAUGUUGCCCACGGAAAGUCCACUGUAGUGAAAGGCCUUUCUGGCACGCACACAGUGAAAUUCAAGGCGGAGAAAGAGCGUAACAUUACCAUCAAGUUGGGCUACGCAAACGCGAAGAUCUACAAGCGCGAUCCUGGAGAAGGUGACCAGGACCAUCCCUACUGGUCUGCUGGCAGUUCCACGCCAGAUGUCGUCGACGACAUGAGGCUGGUUCGCCAUGUUUCAUUUGUGGACUGCCCCGGACACGAUAUUCUCAUGGCCACGAUGCUUAACGGAGCUGCCGUCAUGGAUGCAGCGCUCCUAGUUAUUGCAGGAAACGAGACGUGCCCACAGCCCCAGACUUCCGAACAUCUUGCAGCAGUGGAAAUCAUGCGGCUGAAGCACAUCAUCAUCCUUCAGAACAAGGUCGAGCUGACCAAGCAGCAGGAGGCCGAAUCCAGGUAUGAAGAGAUCAAGAAGUUUGUGGCGGGAACGGCAGCAGACAGUUCGCCAAUCAUUCCCAUCAGUGCUGUCUUGAAGUACAACCUGGACGUGAUUUGUGAAUACUUGUGCACGCAAGUGCCGAUUCCACCCCGGGACUUUACGUCGAUGCCGGUUAUGAUUAUCAUCCGAUCCUUCGACGUCAACAGGCCGGGUGAGGAGGUGGCCAACCUGAAGGGAGGUGUCGCCGGCGGUUCCAUCCUGAAAGGGGUCUUGAAAAUGGGCGAUGAAAUCGAGAUUAGGCCUGGCAUCGUCACCAAAGACUCAAGCUCGGACAGCGUCCAGUGCCGUCCGAUCCGCUCGCGGAUUAUGUCCCUGCUUGCCGAGCAGAACGCGCUCCAGUUCGCAGUGCCGGGAGGCCUCAUUGGAGUCGGCACCAAGAUCGACCCAAAGCUGACCCGUGCAGACAAGCUUGUGGGGCAUGUGCUCGGACAUCCAGGCAAACUUCCAAGCAUCUACAUUGAGAUCGAGGUCAAGUUCUAUCUCCUGCGACGACUACUAGGAGUCAAGACGGAUGGCGAUGGCAAGGCUGGGAAGGUGGCCAAGCUCAAAAAGGGCGAGAUCCUCAUGGUGAACAUUGGAUCUACCGCAGCAGGCGGAAGAGUACUGGGCAUCAAGGAUGACAAUGACUACGCCAGAAUCACCCUGACACAUCCUGUGUGCACACAGGAGGGCGACAAGGUUGCCCUCAGCCGCAGGAUUGACAAGCACUGGCGUCUCAUUGGCUGGGGCACUAUUGCCAAGGGUUCGACCAUCAAGCCAAUGAGUGACCUUGAUGACAUGCAGGUCAGCAACGCUUCCGUCACGCGGGUGUGUCACGGCUCUCUUGAGGCAUCCACUCGCACCACGGUUCUGGGUAGCAGCCUGGUCUGCAGCACUGCAAGCGGCCGCUCGAUGUCCCCAGUUUGGAUUGCACGCGGCAUGGCGGAGGCCAAGCACCACAUCGCGGUGCCGCAGUCCCGCACCACCUCGCCACUGUUGGGCUCUUCCCUGCGGUCUGCGGCCACAGAGGUGAAGCGCGCACCACUGGCCCCGUUCAACUGGCAGGUUUCCAAGCCCGGGAAGGAUGUCACCAGUCUGGCUACGCGCACGGUGAGCACCCGCUCGGCGGCAUCCUCUGCACCAUCAUCUUCAUCAACACCUAUUGUGCCCUUGUCAGGCAUCUCACUCCCCAUGACGAACGAGCAGGCGUCAGACGUGGCUGAAGCUAUCGGUGGCAUCACUGCAGGCAGAAAAAACGUCCGAUUCUGUCCGGAAGAGGCCUUGGAUCCGAAGGCGAACCUCGAGGAGAAGGUGGGCAUGGUUGCCGGAGAGAAGCCGCUGGCAGCAGGACGCACGCCAAGUUAUGGAGGACUCGACCGGACGAGCGUGAUCGCUGACAGAGCUGGGAACUACAUGGCCGCUGCAUCGCAGCGCCCAAAAAUGCUGCCGAUAGCAUCGAACUGUUUUGAGCUGCAGUUGCUGGUUGUGGCUUUUGUUCCCGACUGGGAACUUUGCACACACACCACUCCGCUGCAGCAAGGCGACACAACGACAGUGAUUGGUACCUCUACAGGAAAACCAGACCGGUUGGUGAACUCUGAGUCUUGCAGACCGACAACGUUUCAGUACGCCUGGGUCGAUGCCGACCCGACCAGUCAGUCGCUUGUUCCUUCGAGCACGUGGUGGUGGAGCCAGCAGUACACGGCUGCAGGCAUUGUGAAGCACUUGGGGCAUGUCAUUUCAUCGCAAAGCCUGCAGCUGUACAUCAAACAUGGGGAGGACGACCUCUUGAUUCAAUGCAGCUCUGUUGCGGCAGCCUGCACGUGGCUACAGGAAGCCUUUUCCCAGGAGAUUCGUUCCGGUCAAGAGGAGCAGCAACCGGCAAGAUCCUCCAGCUUGGGGAGCGUCCUGUUUGGCGCUUGCAGCCAGCCGUCUGUGGCAGAAGACUUUGUACCCGAGAGUGGCCCGAACGAGUCUCCGCAUGCAGGAGCUGAAGCCGCUGAAACUUCCAGAAGGCUCCAUGAUCUUGGAGAUUGCCUCACGCAUGAUGAGACUUCAAAGCUGCAGUUUAUGCACGGCGACCUCUACAGCCAGUUGGCCCGUCACAACCCCUGGAGAUGGAGCUCCCUUCGAAGCCCCGAGCAGGCGGCGAAGGAGUUGGAUGAGCAGCCGCGGGCACGGAAGGUCCUGCUCCGAGUGGCGUCCUCCACGCAGAGGCUGCAGAAGAUGUUUCCAAGCCCGGCAUCUGCUGCAGUCUGGAUUCGUAGGAGAUUGGUGAAUUCCAGCGAUCCAGCUCUGGACGAAGAACGCUUAUGCGUGAUAUGUCUGACGCAGCCGCGCAACGUGCUGCUCAUGCCCUGCCGCCAUGCCGUGCUUUGCGAAGAAUGCCUGGAGAUCAUCAUGCAGCGCAGACCCAGCGAGUGUCCAAUUUGCCGGAGGCGUAUCCAGAACCAUGCGCGUGGUCGCUUCAUGGACGACUAUGUGGAGCUAGUUUUAGCGGCUGAGGCUCGCAUGGAGCUUUCACAGCUGCAGGCCUAUGAAGGCAUGUACAAUCACAUUCGGCCUCUUAUGGUCACCGGUGCCUUGCUCGCAUCUGGAGCUGCAGCUUGCUUUGUGAUCGCCCCUCCGCUGGCACCUGCAGUAGCACCAGCAUUGCUCACCGGCGCCACUGUGGUCGGGUACUUGCCCUGGCUCGCAACCACUGUCGCGCACUUCGAGAGUGAGGACAUGGCCGAUUCAACACUCCAGAACCGCAUUUUCUCACAGGAGGACUUUUCAAGCCCUCUCAAACUUGUAACAAAGUCGGCAGUACUCCUUGUGGCAGCACCAGUCGCUGGUGUGGUAUUCUUCCUCCCCUAUGGGAUUUACGCCGGAGUGCUGCGUCCGCUUACACGGCUGACGCUCCAAGGGCUCGUGAGAGCUGCCUGCCUAACGCAUGUCUAUGUCCUAAGGCCUGCGGCUUCAAUGGCGGCAACUGUCUGGGAGUUUCUUUCUGGCACAGGAAGUGCAUUCGGAGAUGGGUUCAUGGCCUUCCUCAAGUCUCUAUAUGACAUGGUGCUGUGCCCUCUAGGCUCAGGCUUGAAGUGGCUGGGACAGCGUUUGGUGGACGUGGCCCAGUGGACUUAUCGAAGCCUGAUGGUGCCGGCUUGGAAUGCCACUUGCUGGUUCGCAGAAGCUGCAUACGAGAACGUCCUUCUACCCAGUGCUCAGGCAGCCUGGAACGCGAUUCAGGCAGCUGCUCAGGCAGCUUACACCUAUGUUUUGGCACCUUCUGGGCGUGCCCUGGCUGCCAUCGCAGAACAGCUGGGUGGAGUGCUGACCGUUUGCGCUGAAGGUCUGUAUGCAUAUAUCUUACUGCCCACAGGGCAAGCCGCUUGGGCUGGCCUGAAGGCAUUAUGCCACGGACUGGGAGCCGCUGCACAUGGCACCUAUGAGCACAUGCUGGUCCCCGUGGCGAGUGCUCUUGCAUCUGCACUGAAAGCUUUCGGUCAUUGUCUGGGGUCCAGCGCAGAAGCUUUGUAUGGAUAUGUUCUUCAGCCUCUGGGAAGCGGCAUCUCUGCCUAUGUCUUGGCACCUGCCGCCUUGGCCGCGCGCGCUGUUGCGGGAGCUCUCUGGCAUGGAGCUGGCAUGGCUGUAUACGCAGUUGGUCAACUUGCACAAGUUGGCUAUGCCUACGUAUUGGUACCGGUCGGCCAUGGCAUACGGGCUACUGGCACAGCUCUUUGGUACGCAUCCGGUGCAGUAGCUGCCGCACUUGUCCAAUUCGCGCAGGUUGGAUACUCCACUGUGAUCCGUCCCUGUGCGAAUGCCAUUAUUGCCGUGGCCGAAGGCACCUACUCUACCGUACUACGUCCAUGUGGCCAAGCACUGGCUGCCGCCGCCCAAUCCGUUGGUCAGGCAGUGCUGGCAAUUGCCCAGGUAAGCGGCCAUGUGGUAUAUGCCUAUGUCGUUUGCCCAGUCGGCCAGGCCAGCCAGGCUGCUCUUCUUGCAGCAAGAGAGGCAGUGCAGCAAUGUCAUGCAACCGCGAGAAGCACUGGUCAAACUGUCCGUGUCACCAUUCAAAGUCUAGUGAGACGCUAG